CCAAAUACAUCCAAUUGAAAUUUGAAAUGUUGCACUGAUAUGAUUUACUCAAAUGACUUCACAAGGAAAGGUAACGAAUACCGUCUUGACAAAUCUCUCCGACUAUUUGUUGGUAGUUUCAAACGAGCCUUAUUCUACGAGAAGAGAUAAGCGAUUCGGCUUACCUUCCUUGCGGUCAUCGUCGACGAUAUCAUGGCGACCAGCACGCCGUGGUCGAAGACCUUUGCACAUGUCCACGCCGAAUCUUUUUUACGGAGACAAAAUUGCCGAUUAUAAGAGCAUUACGAAAGAUAGUUUCGGUGGAAAAUGUGAUUUACAACCAGUCCAACAAUUGAACAUCUGCCCGUCUUUACAUAGCUCUCAGUUUGAUUUUGGCAUUGACUCGCAAUUUCACCAUAGCACAACAAAUGGGGAAAACUUUAAGAAAUAUAGUAAGGUACCUGGUGCAAAUCAUGUUGAUCGAUCAAGAUGGAUAGAUCAGAUGGCAGGACAUAGUAUGGCUAAGAUAACUAGACAUGGUUGUUCAAAUAAUGUUGACUUCUCUACUACGUAUUCCAAAAACCAUCAAAUGACACGUCCCCAUUGUCCACCAGACAAAUUUAAUGGAAGAUGGAAAACAAGCAUUUACACUAUUUGUCCAGGAAAUACAGGCGAGAAAAAAUAUCAUUCAAUAUCCGCAAAUGAAUAUUUGGUUAAACGUCGCAAGAAAUUAGCAAAUGGAUCUCAUUUUUGAUUCAUUAUUGGCGGCGGGUUGAAGAUAUGUGUAGAAAAAUGGUUGUCUUGGAAACGAAUGAAAUGUUUAUAUUUUCUUCGCAUGGAAUAAUUAUACCAGUAAAAAAACCUCUGUUAUUUUUUCGUUCAAUUUUAAUUUUAAACUUUAAUAAUGAUAUAUUGUAUCUCAUCGUAAAUUUUGCGCGUUCCAAAGGCGCGCAUACGUAUUACAAUGACCGUAGUUAAUUGUGUGUGGGGAGGGUGUUUAUUCGUAGUUACGGACAAGCUCGUACCGUAAAAUUACUUGAAAUUUGUGGCCAAUCAGAAUGCAGAAAAUGUAGAAAAAUGCUCUUUCUAAAAUAGAGGUUUUAUAUUAGCUA